UUUAGUACUCUCCCUCUCUCUCGCUCACACUCUCUCUCUCUCGUUCUCUCUCUCAAACUUAAUAUUUAUAUAUCGUUCAGGGUGGUGCAGUGGAGUGGUCUUGGAACAUGAUGGCAACACACGGUUUUGGGAUAUUUUUUGGAGUCGUAACUGUUCUCGGGACUUUGAUGGUUCAGGUGCAGUGUAAUGAGGAGUCCAAGCUGAUCAGCGACUUGUUCAGUGGCUACAACAAGAAUAUCCGCCCAGUGGUUCAUCCUGAAGACACGCUGCAGAUUCAGAUCAAGCUGACCCUCACUAAUCUCAUCUCCCUGAAUGAAAAGGAGGAGACGCUUACGACUAAUGUGUGGAUUGAGAUUCAAUGGACUGAUUAUCGCUUAACCUGGAACGAAUCUCACUAUUAUGGCAUCGGUGUUAUUCGUGUUCCGUGCAAAACUGUUUGGCUCCCUGACAUUGUCCUGGAGAACAACAUUGAUGGCAAGUUUGAUGUGGCUUACUACGCCAAUGUGUUGAUCAGCAGCAACGGUUGGAUGUACUGGCUGCCUCCUGCUAUCUAUCGCAGCACUUGUUCCAUUGAGAUCACCUACUUCCCAUUUGAUUAUCAAAACUGCACGCUAGCAUUCAGAUCCCAGACGUACAGCGCCAAUGAAGUGGACCUCAUCUUGGCUGUCGGAGAGACAGGCGAAACUAUUGAGUGGGUGGACAUCGACCCCGAGGCUUUCACGGAGAAUGGCGAGUGGGCCAUCGUCCAUCGUCCAGGCAGGAAGAUAAUCAACACACGGUACACCAAAGAUGACCUUGAGUAUCAGGAGAUCUUGUUCAAUCUGGUCAUCCAAAGAAAGCCCCUCUUCUACGUCGUCAACAUCAUCCUGCCCUGCUCCCUCGUCUCCUCGUUGGUGGUGCUGGCCUACUUCCUACCUGCACAAGCCGGGGGACAAAAGUUGACCGUAUCCAUCUCUGUCUUGCUGGCUCAGACUGUCUUCCUCUUUCUUAUUGGCCAGAGGAUCCCUGAGACAUCGCUCUCGGUGCCUCUCAUCGGCAAGUACCUGAUCUUUGUAAUGUCUGUCACUACUCUCAUUGCCACGAAUCAAAUAGUGGUGCUGAACAUCUCCCUGCGUAGCCCCAGCACUCAUACCAUGUCUAAGACCAUCAAACAUGUGUUUCUGGAAAUGGUACCUCGCUUCCUGGGCAUGGCCCCACUGGUGGAUGACAGUGAGGUGACAACCGAGGUGAACGGAGUGAGGGAGCGGCGGCGCAGCUCCUUUGGCCUCAUGCAGAGAGCAGAGGAAUAUGUACUGAAGCAACCUCGCAGUGAAAUGAUGUUUGACAAACAAAGAGAGAAGCACGGUCUCACACGAUCCAUUGUGGAUAAUAUGGAUAUCAGCAGCACCGCUAACCUGUAUAAGAGUUUGGCCCAAGCUGCACCCGAGAUCAAGCAAUGUGUGGAUGCCUGCAACUUCAUUGCUGAGAGUAUGAGACAACAAAAUACCAUCGGAUCUGAAAUUGAAUGCUGGAUACUGAUUGGGAAGAUGAUCGACAAGGUGUGUUUCUGGGCUGCCAUUCUCCUCUUCAUCACCGGCACAGUGUGGAUCUUCUUAACGGGACACUUCAAUCGGGCGCCUGAGUUCCCGUUUCCGGGACAGACCAAAAAAUAUGUUCCGAGUUAAAGAAACAAAAACAUUAAUAAAACAAUACCCUUUUGCUAUGAUGAAACCUUUCAAAGGGUCAUUGUGCCUCACGCUGUCUGUAAGGCUGAGAGGUCUUGCUUACUGAGUCCCGGGCUCAAAUUCAGGGUUGAGUUAGCAGGCUUUAACGACAAAUCUGUCUGUGUUCAUGUUCACAGCUCAGACUUCUCUUUGUGAACACUUGUCAGGCAGCUGAGGGUUUCAUUCAAACCUUCAACUUAAGUUAGAACCAAGUUCUUCAUUUAGUGUAAGUUCUUUGGAUUAAAAAGGAGGAACAGAUCUAGUUAGAAAUAGUGAUAUUUUAAAUCAUGAUCACCAUCAUCAUUACCUAAUACAAUUCAUUUUUGUUUUGUGGUAUAAAAGACUUGGUUUAAGCAAGUUCAGACUUCAGGUCAGAGAUGCUGAAGGUGGUUUCAUCACCAUGCAGAGAAGUUAUUUCUGUUGAGGAAAAUAAUGUGUCAUACCAAAGCUAUGACGGCAUUAAGUACUGUAUUGCAUGGAUCCAUACGCUCUGUGUAGAACUGGAUUCAUAAAUAGCAAUAAAGAAGGUUCUUUAACUGAUUACCUAUUUUAUUUAUCCGUGAUGUGCAGAAGUUUUCAAUCGUUCAUGGGAUUUUAAGAAUCAUUCAUGUAUCACACUGAAAAAUGUAUUCGAUAAAGUCUGGAGAACUUUCCCUACAUGUACUAUGUCUUAUAUGUAGAGAACCUGUAUGUAACUUGAGCCAUCCAACUCUGAAUCAAAGCCUUAUUCUUGUUACUAUGACUUAUUUAUUAGACGUAUUUUUAAGGGUAGGUGGCUUGGAGGGACAUUGUCUUGAUUCAUUGUGCCAUGUUUUUUUUAAUAAACAUUGUAUUGUGUGCAUUGUGA